CGGAGCGCUCGGUAUCGCGGGUUGUUGCAGUGCGCGGGACGUCGUCGUUCGUCGUGCGUUUGUUUUUUUUCCGGUGUGCCCCUGCUGGCUGGCCUUUUGGCCAGAAGUGCUUUUAUUUUCCCACUCGCGUUCCGCCGUGCCGAACGUCGCUCUCCGACGGCAGCUUCGACGACUGUUGGUGCGCGGCAUUCUUCCCAAGAGUUCGUUCCUCGCCGACCAGAACAGAAGUCGGCGUAUUUGCCUUCUUUUGUUUCGCCCCCGCAUCUAUCUGUAUGUCCCCGUGAACGACCUCGUCUCGCCGUCGUCCAGACCGAGUCGCUGAGCCCGAGUCGCUCGCUACAAACACGCGCAGCUCGACGUUGCCUCCCCCUCUGCGCGCCUUGCGUAGUUGUGCGUGUGCUACAACUACGGGAGUCGUCGCAGCUACGACACCGGCGACGGGGCUCUGUGUGCGUGUCAAAGGUGCGCGAACGGUGCGACUACGGCGUGCUCCGUGGUGGGCGGCGGGGGCGCACGCUCGUCGUCGCUCGCCGCUGGUCGCUCCUGCCUGCCGGCAUGGCUGGCGCCGCACCACGGCUACUAUGAGGAUAACCUCAGCUGCGCCCUCAAGUCUCAGGCGGCCAGCAACGCUAGCAGCGCCGGCGUCGUUAGCAGCAGCCCGAGCCUGGUGGUCAGUAGUAGCCACCACCACCACCACCACAGCGGCGCUGGCGUCGGCGGCCACGGUGGCGUGAGCGGCGGUUGCCCCGCGCUGUGCCGCGCGUCGCGCGACGCCAUGGAAGAACAGGCCGGGCCCUGGCCCGGCUACGAGGGCCGGCAGGACCCGGCCGUGCUCGCCCAGGAGGACAUGGACAUGUUCUUCCACUCGCUGCAGGACGGCGCGGGCCCCGCCGCCGCCUCGUCGUACUACGGGAACCCCGCAGCCAGGGCCGUCCACGGCUACAGGACCGCCCACCCUCGUGUGCCGAGCAGCCAGGUGUGCCGGCCGCACUUCCACAGCCCGCUGCACCCGUGGAUCUCGGACACGGCCAAGGCGGCUGCGGCCGCGGCCAUGGUCCCGCACCACGGGGCGGCCGCCUGGUGCUCCCCGUUCCCGCCGGCCAAGCCGCAGCCCAGUCCGCCUACGGCGCCCUCGCACUCUAGUCCGCACCUGUUCAGCUUCCCGCCCACGCCGCCCAAGGACGCCACGCCGGACCCGGCCGCGGCCGAGGCCCCCGGCUACGCCACGGCCGCCGGCUGCGGCGAAGACCACAAGCCCGGCAUGCUCACGUCCCUGGCGGCCACGUCGUCCUGCGGCGGAGCGGGCAAGCGCGAAGGUAGCGGACCGUUCCCCGCCUCCUCGCCCCCUUACCCCCACCCGUACGUGCCCCACCCGGGCGCGCCGCCGUCCGAGCUGGCCGGCUACCACGGCUUCCACGCCGCACCCCUGCAGCUGGCCGCGGCCAAGCAGCACUCGUCCUCUUCGUCCAACGCACUUCAGGGACCCAACGGCUACGGCCAGGUCAGCAAGCCCCGAACCAAGGGACGUUCCAGCGCCGAGGGCAGAGAGUGCGUGAACUGUGGUGCGACGUCGACGCCGCUGUGGCGACGAGACGGCACCGGUCACUACCUGUGCAACGCAUGCGGUCUCUACCACAAAAUGAACGGCCAGAACAGGCCGCUCAUCAAGCCCAAGCGACGACUCUCUGCGGCGAGACGGGCCGGAACAAGCUGUGCCAACUGCAAGACGACCACGACGACCCUCUGGAGGCGCAACCAGAAUGGCGAACCCGUCUGCAAUGCCUGCGGUCUCUACUUCAAGCUGCACAAUGUGAACCGGCCGCUGACGAUGAAGAAGGAAGGCAUCCAGACGCGGAACCGCAAGCUGUCCUCCAAGAGCAAGAAGAAGAAGGGCGGGGCCGGCGGCCUGGCCAUGGGGCUGCCCGACUGCAUCAAACCCCUGGACAAGGGCUUCUCGAGCUUCUCGCCGACGGGCCACCAGUUCGCUUCGUCCAUGUCCAUGACCAUGAACCAUUACAUGCACCAGGGCAACAUGAACAUGCCCAUCUCCAUGGGCGGCACGUUCGUCACGUCGCCGCCCAUGCACAUGACCACGGCCACGAGCCUGUCCGGUCUCGGCCUCGGUCCGUCCACCGCUGGACUCAGCCUGGCCGCCUCCAACAGCAUGGUGGGCGCGAUGGCCUAGCAGCAGCUGCAACGUCACCCGCCGUGUCGGGACACCGAAGGCAGCAGCACCCCGAGUGCGGCCACGUGCUUCGAGUGCAAGAACUCGCCGCCGUGAGCAGUCAUCAUCGCAACCCCUCUCCUCCUCCUCCUCUCGCGUCACCUGCGUGAAACGAACGCUCUUUCGCGACUCGUCGCGAACACCUGUACAUACGAAGUCGAAACGGUACACGGAGGACUGAGAGAGACCUGAGAGAGGCUGACCGGACGGACAUCGUGGAAGCACACAGACAAGAGAGCUAUAGUAUAUCAACCUAAUCUAUCUUUCGUCACAAAGUACGUACUGCUACUACGUCGCGCGUGCGCGCGUGCGUCAUAUGUGUGUGCCUUCCGCCCGGACUCUAUACGCGGCGGGGUGUGACGUUGCGCGAGUGGAACUGCUUUCAAGUGUGGACAGUCCAGUGCGCGAGCGGAGCUGCCGAGGAGGACUCGUGCGGUACCGCUCGCGAUGCUUGUGCUGCCAGCCCCGACGCUAUGACCUUCAGCCCCACCUCGUCGCGCGCGGGGUGCUUCGCGGCGUUUGCUUUGAGUGGCGCGGCGAUGUGUGCAGAGGGACCACCACUCCAUGCAGAGAGUCGGCGCUGCCCGCGAGCGCAGCAGCCCACGCGUCGCAAUUUUCGUUUGCCCUGUUUCUUCGCGCCUCGCCUGUCCGGAGAUUGCUGUCACCGACUUUCACCUUGGCCGCUAACUGCGUGUGGAGUGAGUGGAUUCGGCGCGAGUGCUGACAGGGCUUCACGCAUAUACGCUGCAGAUAUUUCCCGAUGACACCUUGCGAGCUUGCGCCAAGAAUAUCGUUUACAAAAAAACGCAGCGCAUUGUUUACAUUGCAGUCAUAGAAGGUACUUUUCUAAGCUAGUGAAAUUGUCGUAGAGCGUGUUAUCGCCGACAGCCAUUCGAGACGAAAUCCCUUGAGAUACACGCGCAUGCGCAUGUUGAAAGUCAUCAACCGUCCUCUAAUUCUGUUGUAUGGUGCCCAUUCACAUAUUUAGCUUGGAACAACGCACUUAGUGCACGGUUCCAGAGUCAGCACAGCCUAAGUAACUGUUAGGCUCGAGCAUCACGUGAUGUGACGUCAUCUCGGACUACCUACGCUCCCGUCAUAACUACGCCUGGAGACGAAAACACACCAAGCGUCACCGGCGCCCUGCUUUGAAAGCACGGAGUGUAGGCCUUCUCAUAUAAACGCAAUAUCACGGGCAGCGCAGGCCUGAAUGUUCUCUCAAGAGCUGUUCCCGGAGUGCGAUUGUUCUGCGCUGACAAUGACACCGCGGUUCCAGCGUUUCAAAUAAUGAGACGAGCCUGGGUAGAUGUCUGUAUAUACACGGAUUUCAUUCAGCCUUUGUAUGCGUGUCCCUGUAAACGCUCGCGCCGAAGCGUCGUUCGCUCACUUUUGAAGAGCCCCACGCCGAUGACACGGCAUCCGAGAUCGCGAGCGUGCUGUUGCCGAUUUCGAAGGUCACGUUGUGAGGGCGCGCGCGUUUCUCACGCCGGGCCAGGUGGCGCUGUUCUCCUGCCCGAAAAAAAGAGAGAAAAAAGUGACGCUUUCCGGCAUUUACCGAGGACACUUCGUGAGACACGCCUGCACAGUUCUGAGGCAAGUCGGCUGUUGCAGUUCGCCAUGUCGGGGCAAAGAGCAAGCCCCCGGACCAGUCGUGUGUCCAGGUGCGCGAACCCCUCACGCACACACCCGUGCACACCAUACGGCUCGUAGUUAUCGCAGGCCUAAUCAAGUCCCCGCACGGGCACCUCUGGCCGAGAGCAGAUCGGCACACACUGUGUGUGACCACCCUUUGGACCCGCAGUCAAUAUCCCGUCGCUGGGAAGGAACGCACUGUAGAGAUUGUCGAGGCGCGACACCAAGGUUUUUUGUCUUGUGUACGUUCUCACAUCAACUUUUAGUUCUCUCGUGUGGAAAGCGUCCGACACUAGUUCGCAAUUAUUUGUUUUCGCGUCUUUUGUUUGAUUCAGUACGAGCGGAAGUGUGAAACGGGAAUUGAAAACAAAGAUUGGAUUCUUGUGAAAAAGGAAAGAAUAUAUACAUAUAUAGACAUGAAAGGGUAAAAAAAACUAUAGGUGUGAAAUGCACCUUCGGCUGUGACAGUUUACUUGAUCUCUCCAAGCAGCCCGACCACCCUGCAUUUUGAUUUAUGCGCGGUGGUUGUUGUGUGCAAUCAUCCUGUCGUGCGUGAGGCAGUACUGUACCAUGACGUUGCUGUGUUCGCGUAGGAGUGUCGUUGCCUAGAGCUCCUGGUAACGCCAGGGCCUACGGACCAGUGUUUUUACGAGAAGGACUUGUCUAAAGAAGUAUUCGUACAGAAGUACUUACAAGCUUUAUAGCGGCACCUCCCUGUAAAGAUAAGUUCAUUAUGCAACACAUAUAUGUCACAAAAAUAAAAGUCUCGGCAUCAAGAUUAUUCGAAUUUCCGCAUAAUGGACGCUUGCAAAAUAAUGCGGUGGUAUCGGUCGCGUACUCUGGCAAGUAACGCAAUGACAAAAGGGCAAGCCAAGAUAUCGAUGAAGAAAACUUACCACAACUGCUUAAAACAGGCCAGUUGGAAACAUCAGAGAUGUCGGUGUCGUUGUACAAAUUCAGGUUAUUCGACUUUUUGAUUUUCUAUUACCCUUACGUUGUUGCAAACCAAUAGGAAGCACACAGUGCGUGAUAAAGAACCGUGGUUGAUAUGAUCAUCACUGCGUAUGCGUACCUUAUCAUAUUUGCUAUCGGCAGUGGCUCGUGAACAGCACAAUACAGUGCGAACGAGAUAGCACCACUGCGGGAUCCGCCUUCAAACACUUGUGUUCAAAAAUUCGUUACAGGUCGUGACGUUAGAGGUGUUGUUAUUUAAGUCUUUUUUCUUUUUUUCUUUUUUUUUUUCGGCCGACGAAGGCCAGUGGUCGUUCGAGAAGCCAUCGAAUGACUGGGGAGAAAAAAAAUACUGUGAGCAUGUGUUCUUUUGUUUCUUUGUUUUUCUUGCUGCAAGUGUGCGUGAGUGAGUGAUAAAUGACGUGUACAUAUUUCACAAUGAAGAAGGACGCACAUGAAAGGCUCUGUGUUGCCUGCCAGUGCUCGGCAGGUGCUGAGUCACCGCAGUCCGGCUGCACCUCAUGACUGGAAAUAAACAAGAUCAGGUGCUAAAAGAAACAAAA